GCUUCAGCUGGAGUAUUUUGUAGAGCAUGGUCAGCACAGGUAGCCAAAACAGCUAAGUUCCCAUGGGAACUUGCAACUGCAGCCAAGGCAGAUGUCUCUAUCCAUGGCCUUAAGACCUGUUGUGGCGGUGGUUCCCAGCUCGUGGUGUGAGGAAGGAGGACGAGUGAGACCCCGGGGCGAGUGGGCAGCGGUGCCACUGAUGCUGCUGCUGCUGCUGCUACUGCUUCUGCUAGUGCUGGAGGGUCGGCGGCAGGACAGCAAUGGCAGAUAUCGACAAACUCAACAUGGACAGCAUCAUCCAACUGCUACUGGAAGUGAGAGGGUCCAAGCCAGGCAAGAAUGUCCAGCUCCAGGAGAACGAGAUAGGAGGACUCUGCCUGAAGUCUCGGGAGAUCUUCCUCAGUCAGCCUAUCCUUUUAGAACUUGAAGCACCACUCAAGAUAUGUGGUGACAUCCACGGGCAGUACUAUGAUUUGCUCCGUCUGUUUGAAUACGGUGGCUUCCCUCCAGAGAGCAACUAUUUGCUUCUUGGGGACUAUAUGGACAGGGGCAAGCAGUCCCUGGAGACGAUCUGCCUCUUGCUGGCCUACAAAAUCAAGUAUCCGGAGAACUUCUUUCUUCUCAGAGGGAACCACGAGUGCACCAGCAUCAAUAGGAUCUACGGAUUUUAUGAUGAGUGUAAAAGAAGAUACAACAUUAAGCUGUGGAAAACAUCCACGGACUGUUUUAACUGCUUGCGGAUAGCAGCCAUCGUGGACGAGAAGAUAUUCUGCUGUCAUAGAGGUUUAUCACCAGAUCUUCAAUCUAUGGAGCAGAUUCGGCAAAUUAUGAGACCAACUGACGUACCAGAUCAAGCUCUUCUUUGUGAUCUUUUGUGGUCUCACCCCGAUAAAGAUGUCUUAGGCUGGGGUGAAAAUGACAGAGGAGUGUCCUUCACAUUUGGUGCAGAAGUGGUUGCAAAAUUUCUCCAUAAGCAUGAUUUGAAUCUUAUAUGUGGAGCCCAUCAGGUGGUUGAGGAUGGCUAUGAGUUUUUUGCAAAGAGGCAGUUAGUCACUCUGUUUUCUGCACCCAACUACUGUGGAGAGUUUGACAAUGCAGGCGCCAUGAUGAGUGUGGAUGAGACCCUCAUGUGUUCCUCCCAGAUUUUAAAGCCUGAAGAGAAAAAGAGCCCAAUGCCACGAGACCUGUCACACCACCACGGGUUGGAUCAGGCCUGAACCCGUCCAUUCAGAAAGCUUCAAAUUAUAGAAACAACACUGUCCUAUACGAGUGACCGAUAAUGCUUUCUUUGGCUACAUUCUUUAUUCUGCGGUGACAAUGAGGCUUAUAAAUCAAAAGGAACUAACUUGCCGUCCACCGGUUUAUAUAGAACUCACAGUAUCUAUGACUUUUUAAAACUACGACCUGUUAAAUGAAUCUGUUUGCACAGAUGCCCGUGUACAAUGCCAUGUGCUGAGAAUGGUUUCAGGCUUAUUAAAUGCAAACUUGU